AUGGCACAGGUUACCUACGGACCGUGUGCGAGCUGUGUUUCUUUUCUCUUACUUCCAACAGUUGGUGUUGCGUAUGACACCUAUCAAAAGAAACUCUCCUCCGAUACUAAGAAAGCUGGCUUACAUAAUGGUGCACCUGGCUUCAAAUUUAUCAAGUUUCCAAGCGUUUUCAAAACCCUGGAGUUUGAUAAGGAGGAAUGUCUUAAUCGCGAAGGCGUGGACAUUGAGCUGCAGAUUGAGUUUCAGUACCGUGCAAGGCCUCAGAAGUUAAGAGACAUUAUCAUGGAGUUUAAAGACCAUGACAAUUAUGUCAAAAUGAUCAAGUAAGUAAACUCAUAAAACUUUUGAUGUGGCUGGAAAUGAAAAGCAAAGCUCCUUGUUUGCCUAGUUUCAAGUCUUUUAGUUAUUAAUGCGUCACUGUAGAUAUACAUUGCGCCGCGAAUUGCGCCGCACCGUUAGCUGUAGUGCGCAUGAGCAGGAUUAUGUGUUGGCGCCAUUCUCGCCCCCAGGGCCACUAGGCUUAUUUUUAAAGUUACCAAACAAAACGACAAGCCCUGGGGACCAGAAUGGUGUUGGUCCUUUCUCUUCUCCAUGGAUCGAUCCGUGGCGCUGGCCAAAAGACCGCAGCUCUGGAGACGAGAAAAGUCUUUGGUCCCCGCCAAAGAGGAUUACUUCAGUAAGACGUUCUUUACUUUUUAAUACUGUGAAAGGUUUGAACCCAGGAGUUAUUUCAAAAGGUUGAGUUUGAUCGUCCUGGUGAACGUAGUCCUGAAUAGGACUGUUGUUGUUGACAGUGACUGACGUUUCGACAACCUGUAGUCAACAACAACAGUCCUAUUCAGGACUACGUUCACCCGGACGAUCAAACUCAACCUUUUAACUUUUUAAUGUUACCAUAGAUCCGAGAGAAAUCGUUAUGUGUCACUAAAGUGCUUGACUGUGAGGCCUUAGUAAAAAGACAGGACUGGCAUAGGGACUGGGCAGAUUUUUCAGAAUAGCUAAAUUUAGUUAGUUAUCAUAUUACAUAGCAGUCUGGGGCCUAGUCAGGAAUUUUUGACAUAAAAGUAUACCUAGAAUAUAUGAAAGUUCCAGACAAUACUGUCCCUAAGACUAGUUUUUUGAAAAAAAAAAGUGCGCAUCCAAGACACAAAUUCUUUACUUUUUACUACUGCUUCAGUCUAUCGGAACCAGAUCAGGGGUUAGGGUUCGGGGAUUAUCAUUAGAUCCUAUCGACUGUAGCCCCUUCGGACACCUCAUGAAAUUUACACAACGUAAUUUUCCCCUUUACUAAUUAGGGUUAGGCACUGCCUUUUACAGAUUAGGGUUAUGCACUGCCUCUACUGAUUAGGGUUAAGGACUGCCUUUGAUUAGGGUUAAGCACUGUUUCGAAACUGGUUAGGUUCUUUUUUAGCGUUGGGGUUGAUUCUACCAUCGAUCCAGCUAAUACUGGGUGGACUAGUGGUUAGCGUAGUAAAAUGAACCGUCUGGGUCGUGUGUUCGAAUCCUACGGUCUUUCCUAUCAAUAUUUUUUUCUUUAAAAUUGAAGAGACUUGCACGUUUAUGAACAUUUCCAUUUUCAUCGAAGUGUGAUAUAAAAGCAGAAAACAGUUCUACCUUGUUUAAAUUUCAAGAGGGGAGAAAGGGGCUAAGGUCGCGUGAGAUCUAAUGCUGACCAGCCCGAGCUCCUUCCACGAACAGAUUCUCGGGGAGGGCCGAGAGGGCGACGGAAAUUGAGCCUAAUGAGGUAUAAACGAAAGAACACGCCUUUGAUAUGCUUUUACCAUUAGCUACCAUUAACUGAUUUCUGCGAAUGGUGCGUAUCAAGGCAAAUUAUCAAAAGAAAACCGUUGUCUAAGUUUGUCUUUAUUUUGGGCUUUUAAAUCUGAUGCAGGUUUCUGGCCCGUGCGAGCAUCCAAGACGCUUGCAGCCAAUUCAAUACCAGCGAGUUCCAAACCCGUCGCUCUUAUUUUCAAGAACUCGUCUAUACCAUAAUGGAAAAACGCUUUACGAGUGUGAACGCUGAUAUAACCGACCUCCAAGUGAGUAACAUCAAGCGGCCAUCGGAAUACGAAACUGUGGUCAGAAACAAGGAAUCUGCCAAGGAAAACAUUGAAAUUGCGCGGAAUCAACGACCGCGCGCGCUGAUCGAGGCGAAUACUGCAAAGGAGGAAGCUGUUACGCAGGGACUCAUAAAUGUUCAGAAAGCUACAUCAGACAGCAAGGUCAUCCUAUCCAAAGCGGAAGCGGAAGCUUCUAGUAUUCUCGCUGCCUUGGAAGCGGAAGCGGAAGCGUACGCUAGUAUAACGCGCAGUCAAGGUUUGACGGUGGAUGGGUUGCUCUCGUACUUAGGAGUACGAGUGUUGGCGGAUAACAAUAACACGGUCAACAUUGGGUUCCCUCCUCCGGCCAAGCCAUUUGCCUGA